GUACCGAAAGCUUCCUGCCUACCCACAUCCUGUUGCUAUUCAGGACUGUAUAGCUGCCUCAACCCAUUUCCUGAAGGACCCGAAAGCCUAUGGGGUGGACCCCUCCAGGGUUGUGCUUUGUGGAGACAGCAUGGGAGGUACAAUUGUGGCUGUCAUUCUCCAAACCUUCUUGGGCAGACCAGAUCUUCCACAGAUCAGGGCUCAAAUCCUGAUUUAUCCAGUACUUCAGUUAGUCAAUUUACAGUUACCCUCACAUCUGCAGAACCACAAUGUCCCAUUCAUCACCAGAAACCUUCUUUUGAACUGCAUCUAUAGGUAUCUAAACAUUGACAGCUCCUGGAGAGAUGCCUUACUGACAGGAACUUUUAUUCCCCCUGACAUCUGGAUGAAAUACAAGAAGUUUGUUGGCUCUGAUAAUAUUCCUGAAAGGUUCAGGAAGAACAUUCAGCAACCUGAGUUUCCUGGUCCUUUUAACAAGGCUGCCUAUCUAGAAGUCAAACACUUUCUGGAUGUAGAAAUUUCUCCCCUUGUAGCAGAUGAUGAGGUCAUAGCUCAACUUCCAGAGGCAUUGCUGGUGAGCAUGAACCGGGACAUUUUCCGAGAUGACACCUUGCUCUACAAGAAGCGUUUGGAAGAACAGGGGGUCCCUGUGACCUGGUACAACUUGGAGGAUGGCUUUCAUGGAUGCAUACUUUUGUUUCAUAAGAUUUUAUCUUUUCCUUGUUCCUGGAGUAUAAUAAAUGCCAUUGUAAGUUUCACAAAGGGCAUCUGA